AGGAGGCAGGCAGUGAGCGUGUGGGCUCAAGACCACAAUGUGAGGGAAGAAGGGCUGCAGAGACUGGGGCAUCUCAGGCCCUCUCAGCGGGUGGGGCUGGAGGGCAGGGGCAUCUGGGACACAGACCUCCCUCUGGAGUUCAGAGUUGAGCUGCUGUGUAAGUCACUGGCUCCUGAAAUCUAUAAGACAAGAGUGAAGACUGAAGACUGAAGGAGCAUCCGGAGGGGCCAUAUUCCAAAACGUCAGCUUCCGCCACGCGCCAUGUGGUGGGCUCUGCGGCUGCUGCUGCUGCUGCUGCUGCUGCCGCCUACGGCUGCGCUGAACCCCAGCCUGGCAAGGACUUCCCAGGAGAGAACCCCUCUUUUCCGGCUUAUUCAGCAGGGCCCUUGGGGGAGCGGGGCCAACAACGCCACGAGCUCCCCCUGUGAGGGGCUCUUCGCCGCGGGGGCUACGACACUGACCCUGGCGAACCGCAGCCUGGAGCGCCUUCCGGACUGCCUGCCCCGCGCGCUGCGCAUCCUGGACUGCAGCUCCAACCUGCUGCGUGCCUUGAGCGCGCCUGAGCUCGGCCACCUGCCUCAGCUGCAGGUGCUGACGCUGCGCCGCAACCGCAUCGCCGCACUGCGCUGGGGCCCCGGCGGGCCCGCGGGGCUACAUACGCUGGACCUCAGCUACAAUCGGCUGACCGCCCUGCCGCUGUGCGCCGAGCCCGCGCUGGGCAGACUCCGCGCGCUGGACCUCGCGGGGAACCCCCUGCAGGCGCUGCCGCCCGGGGCCUUCGCUUGCUUCCCAGGGCUGCGCCUGCUCAACCUUUCCUGCACCGCGCUGGGCCGCGGCGCCCAGGGGGACAUCGCUGACGCCACCUUCGCGCCGCUGGACACGCUUGAGGUCCUGGAUCUCAGCGGCACGUUCCUCACGCGGGUUCAGUUAGAGUGGAUCAGAGACCUGCCGAAGCUCACAUCCCUCUAUCUGAGGAAGAUGCCGAGGCUGAGGAGCCUGGACGGGGACAUUUUCAAGAUGACUACUGAACUGCAGCAUCUGGAUUGCCAAGAUUCCCCAGCACUUACCUCUGUCCAGACACACAUCUUUCAAGAUACUCCUCACCUACAGCUCCUUCUGUUCCAGAACUGCAACUUGAGUUCCUUCCCUCCUUGGACCCUGCAUUCCUCCCAGGUCCUAUCCAUCAACCUCUUUGGCAACCCCCUCACUUGCAGCUGUGAGUUGUCCUGGCUCCUCAUGGAUGCAGAGAAGACUAUCCUAAGCAGGGCGGCAGACACUGUGUGUGCACCAGCUGCAGGACCCCACGGCGCCUUCUCAGCCCCUCUCCGGCUCUCCCAGCUGCCCAGUGUGUGCCAUUCGGGCCAAAGCACCACCUUCCUUGAUUCCAACUCAUCUUCCUCUGUCCGCUCCACCCACGCGCCAUCCACACAGGGUUCCUCCACUCCGCGGAGCACAGACCCCUCUACUCAAGCUGUGGGAGCCCAACAGAGUGUCGUCACCAAGGCCCUCUUCCACCCUGUGGGUCCCCCCACGGGAACUGCAUCGCCGCACAGCCCUGCCCAGGAGGGAGCCGCUGCCUCCUCUACAGCGGGUUCCAGCAACUCCAGUAAUCUGCCCAGAGCUGCAAGCACAGCCGGAACAAAGCCCAGAGAACAUGCUGCCAGGCUCGCCCCUGACCCUAAUAGCUCAACUGCCUUCACCCCAUGGGCCAGCAAACAGCUUGGUCUGUUCCCUGCCUCCCAGAACCUAGUGAGCACUCCCCAGCUCAACUCGAGGACACAGGCCACCCCGCAGGCUCCCCACCCAAGUCCUUCCGAGGAUGAAAUUCCAAUCCUGCUGUUGGACGACUCCAGUGAGGAGGAGGGGGAGAAGGAGGAGGUGGGCGCGCCUCCCCAGGAUGGCCCCUGUGAUUACCACCCCUGUAAGCACCUCCAGACCCCGUGCGCAGAGCUGCAGAAGCGCUUGCGGUGCCGGUGCCCAGGCCUCAGUAGGGAAGACACCAUCCCAGACCCUCCCAAACUGCAGGGGGUGUCUGAGACCACCGACACAUCCGCACUUGUCCGCUGGUGCGCCCCCAACUCGGUGGUGCGCAGCUACCAGAUCCACUACUCUGCGGAGGGUCAGCCGGGAAACCAGUCGGUUGUGGGGGACAUCUAUGCCACCGCCCGGCAGCACCCCCUGUAUGGGCUCUCGCCAGGCACCACUUACCACGUGUGCGUCCUGGCGGCCAACAGCGCAGGCCUGAGCCAGCCUCGGGCCUCGGGCCUGCGGGGGCCGUGCGCUGUCUUCACCACCAAGCCCAGCUUCGUGCUCAUCUUCGCGGGUCUGUGCGCCGCCAGCGGCCUGCUGCUCGUCAGCACCCUGCUGCUGUCUGCGUGUCUCUGCAGGCGGGGCCGGACUCCACGCCCGCAGCGCUACAACACGCACCUGGUGGCCUACAAAAAUCCAGCCUUUGACUACCCGCUGAAGCUCCAGACCUUCAACUAGUCCAGCGUCCCCUCCUCCCAUGGAACUCGAGCUGAGGAACUAACUGAUUGCCUGUGCACAGAAAAGAUACAGAGGGCCCAACAACGGCGCAUCAGCUCUGACCGUCUGUAAUUCCUGGGAAGCCGGCACUCCUCAGCACACAAAGACCUUGCCAAGCUGAGUUUCUCAGUCUAAAGAACUUCCCUUCCUUCUACUUCACUGUGUAUUUCCUGAAACGUGGUGGUCCACACCAGACCACUCCCAUUGGGACUGGGCAUUCUUGUGUGUUGUUUCAUUUGGUUUUGUUUUUGUUUUAGCCAUCAAGCCCCCUCAGUGUCCAGUAGAAUAAAAUUGUGUGUGGAAGUAGGAAGAGAUAAAACUCCAUAAUGCUGCCUCAUGCUAUGUUGGAAGCGACAUCUUGAAGUCAUUUUAGGGAAGUUCCCUCUUGGUCAAGCUCUGGCAAGGCACGUUAUUCAAGGAAUCAACUCCAGUGGAUUCUUUUUUGUUUUUUUCCUUGUUGUCAGUGGGACGCUGUUUAAUCACAGUAUAGUCUUUUAUUCUUACAAAGGUUAUAAAGAUGAAGUUUAUUAAUUCAAUCAGAUGCCCUUUGAAACUCUUUAUCAGGCACAUAAGGUUCUUCAGUAGCUGCUCAUCCAGGGGAUUCAUAACCUGAGAACAAAGGGCUGAGGCAGAAGAGCACUGGUUCCGUUUCCCCGAGGACUUCUGGGUUUCUUAGUUGCAUUCUAGGAUAUGGUAAAAAACAAAAAACAAAACAGUGCUUCUAGCUUUAAAGUUAAAACUGCAGUCUUCUGGGAACAUUUAUGAAAUACAGGAAAAGGCUGUUCUUUUAAAAGUCAGUUUUUAUUGCAUUUCACCUAAGUGGAAGCACAAUGAGCUCAUUUUUAGGAACUUUUUUUAAGAGAGAAGAAAUGAGCAAAAGAGAACCACAAGGCUCUGGCUAGAGGCCAAAACGUUUCUUUGGUCCCGACUGCAUUAAAUGUCUUUGUGAUUUGUAUCUGAGUGUGGGAUAUGCCUUUUUCACUUUUAUACAAACUUAGGGGGAAAAGUGAUUUUGUAAAAUUAUAAUGGGGGUCAUAUUUCUAGAUUUUCACCAAAUGGUCUAUUUACUCCUCUGUAUUUCCCAUCCCUCCUUGCAGAGCCACGUGACUGUGUUGACCAAUGAAAUUGAAGAAUGAUGCAUGUUAUUUCCAGGUUGAAGCAGUACAAUUCUCUUUUCCUAUCUUGGGGCAACUGAAGAGGCUACAUAGUCUAAGAAAUGCAGCCACAGGUGAUGGCACUUGUCUGUCUGAGCGCUUAAAAAACUAUAGGAAGUACAGACCUCCCCUACAAUCCUACACAAUCACUGCAUUAGCACGCAGUGUAAGCAAAAAUAACAGGAAUUCUGGGAGUUGAUUUUUUAGUGCAAUUAACAAUGCCUAUGCUAGUAAAUACAAUGUCAGAGUUUAAGACAAUGCCUUUAUGAGGCAUGUUGUUUUAAGACUAAUAUUUUCUUUUAUCAUGGCACUGCAUUAUCAUUUCUCAUUCAGAAAAUAGUUCUUCUGUAGAAAGAACAUCAUUCUGAAGGUAAUAAUCUGAAACAAUAAAUCAAGCUCCAAAGAGAAUUUUACUGAUUUAAUGAUUUCAUUUUAGAUAGUGCCUGAGAUUUGAAUUUUCUACAUUCACAUUUGUUUCCUAUGCUACCAUAAUAAAUAACCAUAAACUGGGUGCCUUAAAACAACAGAAAUUUAUCCUCUUAUUGUUCAGGCCAGAAAUCCAGGAUCAAGUUUAUCAGCAAGGUUGGCUCGCCCUGGAGACUCUAAGGGAGAAUUGGUCCAGCCCGUUCUCCCAGCUUCUGAUGUUCCUUGUCUUCCAGAUGUAUCACUCUCUUUUAUGGUCUCGUGAGAUUCUCUAUGUCUGUGUCCAAAUUUCCCUCUUUUCUAUUAUUUUCCCCCAGCUUUGAGAUGCAUGGCGUAUAACAGUAAGUAUGAAGUACAAUGUGAUGAUUUGAUACAUGUAUAUAUUGGGAAAUGAUUACAAUAAGAUUAGUGAACACAUGCAUCACUUCAGUUACCUUUAUGCGUGUGUGUGAUGGGAACUUCUAAGAUCUACUCUUAGCAACUUUCAAGUAUACAAUACAGCAUUGUUAACUAUAGUCACCGUGCUGUCUUC